CAACCUAACCUCUAAAACGUUUUGUAAUUAUUUAAGCCGGAAAAUGAUCACGUGUACUGUAAAUUUACCGUGUUUUAGCUGAAAUGCGAUCAAUCACGCCCUAGCACCGUCUAAUCUGCGCAAAUUGUAUUUUUCAAGUCAUUUUUACCGUGAAAAUGUUAGGUUAAUAAUCAAAGUUUCAUAACCUUUUUGUAAGAGUCGUGGACGGAUAUUUUGGCAACCAAAAUGUCAACUUUGGAGUAUUCCGAAUCACUUGGAGCCUGGGGAAGAUCUUCAUGGAUAAACAUCCACAACUGCAAACGGUGUCCCUAUUUUACAACAUUGGUUUUCUUUAUGGUGAACCACGUGCGACGACACCGUUCAUCACAGGAAAAAUAUACGUGCGAAAACGCCAAAAUCGAAGAGUAUCAUUGUAAAGAUUGCGAUUUUAAAACGGAACUAACGAUUCUGUUCAAACAACACAUUAAUAAAAAUCACAGUGUUAAAAGCGAAUCUGGGGACGAUUUAUCACUGCAGGACUUCAGUGUGCAGACGUACGUUUGCGAAAAGUGCGAUUUUGAAACAAAUCUGUUGUUAAAAUGGGGCGAACAUGCAGAAUGCACCGGAAAAAAAGAAAAUCUAACAAGUGUGAGUUCGUCACAAGAAAAUACUUCAUGUAGUUUCAAUUUCAAGCAAAUUGACGGAAUACGUUGGUAUUACUGUGCGCUAUGUCCCUACAAAGGUAAAUAUCAAUCUGUUUUAAAAUGUCAUAUGGCAAAACAUGAUUUAAACAAACAAUAUGAGUGUGAUAAGUGUCCAUUUAAAACCAAAUGGAGUCUAACUUUAAGAAAUCACAUAAAACGAAAGCACUCAGAUGAACGAGAUGUUGAAUGGCACAAAUGUGAAAAAUGUCCAUUUAAAACCAAAUGGAAAGGAAAUCUAAGCAAUCACAUAAUACGAAAGCACCACGAUGAACGAGAUGUUGAAUGGCACAAAUGUGAAAAAUGUCCGUACAAAACCGUAAUAAAAAGUGAGUUAAGUAUACACCUAAAGUAUUCACAUUUGAAAGAAGAAGAAGGUAAAUGGUAUCAAUGCAAUGACUGUCCAUACAAAACUAGACGUAAAUAUAGUUUACAGAGUCACGUAAUUUUAAAACACAUUACGUGGUACGAAUGCAAACAGUGCCAAUUUAAAACAAAGGACAAAAGAUCUUUAAUACACCACGAGAACGUGGUGCAUUUAAAGCAACAAAAUUCCGAAUGGUGGAAGUGUAAAAAGUGUUCAUUUAAAACGGUAACUUUAUCAAAAGAAUGUAAUGAAUGUCUGCUCAACAAAAAUAAGCUGCACGAAUGUAAAUAUUGCCCAUUCAAAACUAAAUCGAAAUAUUAUUUAGAAAGACAUGUAAUGUUUCAACAUUUGGGUGACAAAACUAAAUGGCACCAAUGUGACAAAUGUCCGUUCAAAACUAAAUUUAUUGAAAAUUUAAAGAAACACAGAAAUGUUAAGCAUUCAGAAGAAGCACAGUGGUAUGAAUGUAGCAAGUGUUCGUAUAAAACGAAAGUAAAGCACAAUUUAAUAAAGCAUGUAACCGUUCAUUUUGACAUCAAACCAUAUAAGUGCGCAUAUUGUCCAUAUAAAACGAAACGUAGUUGUUAUUUAAAGAUUCAUAUAAAUCACUACCACAAAAAUAAGAUCUAUUCAGCUGGCAAAUAUGUUAAAUGGUACAAGUGUGAAAAAUGUUCGUUCAAAACUAGAGGAAAAGGUUAUUUAAGAAAGCACAUAAUCAACAUACACACGAAUGAAGAAGACAUCAAAUGGCAUCAGUGUAAUGAGUGUCCAUUUAAGGCUAAACAUUAUUAUAUAAUAAAACGUCAUGUAAUCUGUAAACAUUUGAACAAAGAAAAAAUCAAGUGGUACGAGUGCGAAUAUUGUCCGCAUAAGGCGAAACUCAAGGACUAUUUAACGAAACAUAUGAAUAAAUACCAUUUAGAAGAAACGGACGCAAAUAAAUGAUGAAAAUCCGAUGCGAACGAAAAUUGUAACAUUUCUUUAUAAACACCAAGAAAAUUUACAUAAAUAGGAUUUAAUUUAUUUUAAGUUUGGUCGAGUAGUAUUAAGUAGAUUAUAUACAUGUGAAUACGGUUUUGUGUUUCAAGGAAUUUGAUA